AUGUCUUCCCAGCGCAGCCGCAAUGCACGCGGCCCCAACCGAAACGGCGGAGGGCAGGGCGAGGAGUUUGCGCUGUGGCAGCAGGCCAAGGACGAUCUCAAGGACGCCGUUGAUUUGAUCAACGGAAGCAACGAAAACACGCGUUCCAUCGUCGCUCAAGACGAGUACAUGACCAAGAACAAGGGCACUAUGAAUGUCGAGAGCGAGGAGCGCAAGUACGAGGAUCUCAUGCGCAAAGGAGUUCGCAACUCAGAACAAGCCGUGGCCAAGCUACAGAGCAUCCGGGACAACCUGGCCAUACUGCGCGCCGUGCAGAAGGGGAAGGAAGACGCAGAGACGGCUGCAGGCUCGGCGGCUGCAUCUUCGCGCACCGGCGCACUCCAUUCGGGGCCAGGCCGCAAUGCCAGCCGUGCUGGUGCCAGAGACCGAGAGCGGGAGCGGGAGAAGGACCCCGCAAGCCUCUACGACUUUGACGGCGCAGGCGACUCGCCCAUCCCCUCACCCAUCGGGGGUCACACGCGCAAGCUCGGCGGCAGCUCUGGUGGCACAGCCAGCGAUCGCUCGGGGAACCGUGACAGCGUGCCCCCUCGUGGCGGGGACCGGGACACGCCGGCCAAGGCGGACAGCGUUGAGCCGCAAUUCCCCGGUGCGGGCGCGGCCCAGAGAUCCAAGGUCAGUUUCAUCAAGGGCCAAGAUGUCGCGUUCAAGCCAAAGCCGACAACGGCGAACGAGAGUACGGAUUGGUAUCUGGGCAAGGUACAGCAAGUCCUGGGAGAAGGGAAGUCUCGGCGAUACAAGGUCAAAGACGAAGACCCUGAUAUCCCGCCAGAGCAGAGGCAGGAGUAUCGCACGAGUGCGAGCAGCAUGAUCCCCAUCCCGUCUGCAGGUGCUGAGUUGUCGGAGCUUGACAAGGGCAAGACGGUGCUCGCUCUGUAUCCCGAUAGUACGACUUUCUACAAGGCAGAGGUGAUGGGUACCGAUGCGGCCACGGGCAAGGUUAACCUUCGGUUCGAAGGAGAGGAGAAUUCGGGGACGUUGCAGGUCGUGGAGAGACGCUUCGUGGUCGAGUACCGGAAUUAG